AUGACAGAGUUCUACUAUGGCGAUAAAGACGGAUGUUUCAUUCGUCAAGCAGAGUUGAGCAGAUUUAAACGAAUCGAUUUUUAUGACAACCAGUGGCCACUAGCUGACGUCAUUAUUCGUUUACGAUUGAUGAACUGCAAGGUCAACUAUUCGACUGAUCUUCAAUUUGCCAACAUACUUAUUGCCUAUUUCAGUUGUUUUUUAAGUACUCAAAAGUUUAGUUUUUACUCGUUUACUGAUCUUGAAUGUGCCAGAAUGAUCAGUAGGCGGCAUCACUUUAUCGACCUCGAUCUCGACCUCAUCCUCGACCUCGGCCUCGACUUCGACCUCAACCUCGACCAACACGUGGGCGGGGUGUGUAGCAGAAGUGGCGGUCUACUUCACACGCGUAUGCUGUCAAUUUGA